CUGUCCUGCAGGGGGCAGCACUCCUGCUGGACGUAUCACGGUGCACCGCUCCAGCCUCAGUCAGGAACAAACAAGUUGGCAUAUUAGCUCGAAGCAGCUGACCAUUUACGCUAUAACAUCAACUAAAUAAGGCUUUCGUGUGCCUGAUUUUCAGUCUGACGUGAUAUGGAUUUAAAUUUGAGACUACUCGGGUAGCGGUGAGGAUCUGGUGUCUAAAACUUUCUUCUAUAAACGUCUUUAAGCGGUAAUGCUAGCUAGCUCGAUAGUUAGCUAGCAUUUAUUGCUAAAGUUAUACAAAUUUGAAGCUGUAAUACUUUGAGGAAUCAGUGUUUUUGCUAAACGUGUGCGGAUGUGCUUACAGUACCGGUUUGUCGAUAUUUAUCAAUAUAUUGACUAUGUUCAGCCGGAUGGCUGACUAGAAUAUGCCCAAUGGGAAGUGACAAUGUUACCAUAAUAAGGCUCUAGCAUUUCUGUCUCCCACAACUGCAGCAUUUGAGCAGGACUGGCUUUUUUUUUAAUCCAUCUGUAGACCACCCACCCGUCACUACCGAUGGCUGCUUUUGGCUUUACUCCUGCGAGUAACCAGGAUGUUUUUUGCAUUGGACCAGAGCAAUCCAGCUCCAAAAUAAACAGCAAGUGUAUUAGUGGGGAAGAGGCCAGGCAGUUCUAUGAAGACUUGGUCAAGGAUGGCAAAGAGCAGGACCCACCAGUCAACAAUGGAAAUUAUGGCAGAGAGCGUCGGCUCAGACAAGAUAGUAGAAAGUCCAAUAGAAGAAUCAGGAGGAGAGGCAGAGCUGUGGAAGGACAGCAGCCUCCAGCUGGAUCUCUGCUUCGGGCAGGAGUCGGUGGGGAAAGUGGCAGCAGCAGCCAUGGAGGCAGCAGCUCUGAGGGGUCCGGGGAGCUUCAGGGGCUCCGGCUGCUGCGCUUUGCCCAUGAGGGGGACGUCUCCGGCCUCAAAGAGCUGCUCUCAAAGGGGGUGGACAUAAACUUUCAGGAUACAUUUCUCUGGACAGCGGUGAUGUGCGCUAGCUGGUCGGGUCAAAGAGCAGCGGUCAGGCUGCUGCUGGGUCAUGGAGCCGCCUGGGUCGGAGUGGUUGACCUGCAGGGCAGGGAUGCUCAGGACCUGGCUCUGGAGGCAGGCCACAGUGAACUAUGGGAGGAGUUAAUGAGCUAUGGCCAAAGUCCACAGAGAGAGGCACAAUCCGAGCACAGUGCUGUCGAGCCUCAGUGGUGUGAUGUGUGCUGUAGUGAGUACAGGAGCGCCGCGUCGUCACACUUCUCCUCCACGCUGCAUCAGUUCAACCUGCGGCGCCCGCCGCCCACCCCCUACUACUGCCUCCCACCCUCCAGCAACAGCUACCGGAUGAUGCUCCGCUGCGGCUGGGAGCCGGGCACAGGGCUGGGACCGGAGGGGGGGGGCCCUCAGCAGCCCGUACCUACUGUGCUGAAGAGAGACCAGAAAGGUCUGGGGUACGGACAGGCAAGGAGAGCCCGAGUUACUCAUUUCCAGGCCAGAGAUCGGGACGCUGUGGAACCACUGCACAGGCAGAGGGAAGAGAGGAGUCAAAAAGGACUAAGAAGGGAGGAGGCUAAAAGAAAAGAGCUAAAAGAUAAGAGCUGGGAAAGAGAUUUUCGUGCUUCCUUUUAUCUUUGACUUCCAUUUACAGACAUUUCUGCUUUACUACUCUGGCGCUGACAAACAAGGCCUUCUGAGUCUUAAUUCCACCUCAGGAUUCACACAGUCAGCACCCCCCUUUCUCAGGGUUCAAGAGGAACUAAUAGGGCAUCAGUGUCAAAUGGUUUCCCUUUUUUCUGAGUUAUGUAUGAUAUUAACUUAAUUAAACAGUUUCAAUAUUGUCAAAAAUGGACUUCUUUAUGUUUUUUAUUUAAACUUAUUGUGAUUUGCAAAUAACACUGAUGGUCAAAUAGAUCUCUAUAGGUUUUACUGGCAAAAACCAAAUCUGAUCAUUUCUUUGUUUGGAAAUGAAAUGUAUAUGUUUUCUACAUUGUAAUUCUUCGUUCUGAUAUUUUGUUUACAGCAUAGGCACGCUGCUUAUUGACGUCAUGUAACAAGAGUACAUGAACUUUUACUUAGUUUUCAUUCCAGACACUUUCACCUCAUUAAACACCUUUGAUUUCACAUGUUUGCUCUGGGCUGCCUUAUCAGCACGUCACUUAGUCCCCUUUGUGCCCAGCCAACAUGUGCCUCAUGACUAAGCCUUCUAUUUCUGCCAAUAAAGUUAGACACUGGCAGAAUAUUUCAGCAGGAGCAAAAGUCACAACCUGAUAAUUCCCCCUUUUGUCAGGUUCUUCCAAUCCAGUCUGAAAAGAAAAUCAUAUAAAAUCAUUUGCAUUUAAAAA